UUCGCUUCGUACGUGGGAAUCGCAUUUUCUGUGACUGUUCAUCUGUAAUCGGGCUGUCCCAACGUUGUGUGUACUUUUGCUGCUGCUGUUGGGGUGGAGGGACUCAUCUCUUCCACAGACGGGUGGUUUUUAUUGCGUGACUGAGGGAUACCAAUUUGGCGGAUCGUUUUUUUUUCUGCUCCCCACUCGCCGCAGUAACGGAUUUCUCUGUUGGUGAUGUGAAUUGCCGUGAGGACGAGUUCAAAGUUAAUGGAAAAUGACUGGUGAACCGCUCUUAGAUCUAAUGGUUGAUAGCGCCCAUCCCCCGCACUGAGAGAGGGUUGGGGGACGGUGAGCUAGGUUAGGGAGUGGAAAAAAGGGAUUCUCCCACUCGGUGGGAGGCCCGAGGUGCACUUUGAUAGGCCCUGUCGAGAGGCACACUCAGCGCCGCCCUGUUAGGGGUCUGAAACAUAGCGAGGUAUCACGAACCGUGUGAUUGAUGGAACGGUGUGCGUUUCGAUACCGAUGGUUUUAAUUUAAGUAUGAAAAAUUGAACGCCGUGAUCCCACAUUGCGGAAGUGAUGAAACAGCGCAGUCGAAGUGCUUUCCAAUGAUGAAAAGAUUUUCACGAUUGCUGGCGAAUAUCUGGCAAAUGAGAGUCGAGAGUGGCUUGAAUCGAGGCUUCAAAGUGGAACCCUCGACUGUGCAUAUGUUCGAAAUCACAGUUAUUUUUGUGUGAAGCGUACGUGAUUGCGGAAUAUCGAUACAAAUAAUCAAAUUUAACGUGGAUAUUGGUAGGAAGAAGAAAAAAAGCUGUCCCAGCCUGCGUCGGCGGCUGAUCGCUAGAGAGGAAAGUCAUAAAAAACGAAAAUAACAUACCCGUAGGCGCCAACGUGUGUUUUCCGAUGCCAAUUACUUCGCGUGUGCAUAUGGGUGUAUGAAACAGUGGGAGUGGGUAUCAACGAGGGAAAUCCGGAAAAUCCGAUUUCCGUACCAGAGCCCGCCGUAAGGGAGGAUAGGAGGCGCUGAGGACGUGCCAACGCCGGUUCUAUCGUCGAACCAAGUGAAACCUUGUGUAACCGUGUCGAUACCGAGUGUGUGUGUGUCUGUAUGGUAAUAUGUAAUUAAAAUUCACAACAGCAGGAUAGUCGCUCUCCCGUAUACGUGCGUGAUUAUAGCCCAACGACUCAUCUGUUCCGGAACAAGUGCGUAGUGGUUUAUUGAUAUGGGAGUUUGCGAAUGUGAAAUUAUGGUGCCGCGGAAAACCGACACAAUCAUGGUGAAAUGGCCAGCAUGAAGCCACGAAGAAAUGGAAAUCUUCAACCGAAGAUGCUCACACGCAAACGGUACCCAAUCGAAAGGCUCCGCAGACGACCGAAUGUUGCGACUCACCAGUAGAUUAUAAUAAUUGCACCGCCAUUGGUGCUUCAUAAAUCCGCUUCGCUUCAAAGACAAAAGAAGCCAGGAGCGAGUCUUGCCGUAAAAGCAUCCUAUUAAUAAGAUUUUCCACCGCGGCAAUAGAGCAGGAGCCAGUGUGCCUCAUGGCGACGUUUAUAAAAAGGACUCAGAACAUGUAGCAAACAAAAUAACGAGAGAACAAAAAAAAACUCUUCCAAUUAGUGUGGACCAAACGGAUAUAGAAGACACGCUAAUCCUGGCUGACAGCAGUGCAAGCAAACAGUGCAAGGGGAGCGAGGAGCGGUGGUGAAAUAAUAAAAUCUCAUAAAGCAGCGAAAAGUCCGUGUGGAAAAUGAGAGUGCAUAAAUUUAGCUCCCAACGUGAAAGUGAUACCGAGAAGAAGAAGAGAAAGAAGCGCGAGUGCCACUUGCAGUUUUCAGCAGCACCAGCAUUGCCAUCAUGUCACGCCACCAGCAUCGGUGGAGGAGCGUUCCGUGAGCACGAAGGCAGCAUCGGGUCGUGUCACCGAAUUCCAGACAACGGACAACGGCAGCAGCAUCCAGUCGCGCGCGCUCUGAAGCCCUAAACUAGUGAGUUACGCGAGAAUACUGCUCAGUGAAAUUGCGCAUCCCCCCUCCCAGCCGGCGCAAAUGCAGUGUAAAAACUUUUUAAUAAUGGUGGUACCGCUGCGCUCCGGCCACUUUACUGGCGCCCUCGGAAAGGAUGUGUGCAUAAGUGGUAAUACGAAGUGAUCAUACGACACGCGAAGGCUAACCUAGUGUUGUGAUUCAAAACAAAAACCAAAUAGUGCACUCAAAGCCCCGAGGACAACAAACGCAGUUUGUGCGGAAAAAAAUAGGAAGUACGACCGUGUGUGUGUUUCACUACUGUGACGUACGAGUUUCCGUCACAAUGUCAACGGGCUCUGUGAACGGUAUGGUUCAGUGAAAUUAUACAAACGCGUAGUGCAUAGUUUGCGUUGAAACAACGAAAAAACUUUCCCGUUCGCUUCCGGGGUGAAAUUCCUGCGGUUGUUACAUUUGCCAGACUAUCGCUCCGAAUCCGUGGUGACUGUUUCUAGCAGCGCGACCAACGUGGGUUGCCUAGGUUAAUUUGUAUCCAUAGAUGAGCAAAUUUUAAUUACACAAUAGUGAAAAUGUUGGAUAAAGCAACAUUGUAUGUUGGAGUUUGUAUACUACUGUUACACAGCAAAAUAAAAGCUUCCCUGAGCUCGAUGAUGGCCACGGAGGAAUCGGUCGGCCUGCAGCCCUACUUUGAUUUUGAUGUACAGCGAAAUAUCACCGUCACCGUGGGUCAAACGGGCUUCCUGCACUGCCGGGUGGAGCGGCUCGGGGACAAAGACGUUGCAUGGAUAAGGAAGCGGGAUCUUCAUAUCCUAACGACUGGCUCGUCAACGUACACCUCGGACCAGCGAUUUCAGGUGAUUCGACCAGAAAACUCCAUCAAUUGGACGCUGCAGAUCAAGUACCCCCAGGUGAGGGACUCGGGUGUGUACGAGUGCCAGAUCAACACGGAGCCGAAAAUGUCAUUGUCCUACGUGUUGAACGUGAUUGAGCUCCGAGCGCGGAUAGCGGGACCACCGGACAUAUUCGUGAAGUCCGGCAGUGAAAUCAUCAUGACUUGCGUCAUCCAGCAGGGACCACACGAUCUGGGCACGGUGUUCUGGUACAAAGGAAACACACUGAUAGAGUCCACCACCCAGGAGAACAACAUCCUCACCAGUGAGAACCAGCGAAUCACAGUGGAAACCGAUUGGACGGAUGGGCUGACGUCGAGGUUGAAGAUAAGACGUGCGGUGCAGAGCGACACCGGUAACUACACUUGUGUACCGACGAUGGCCAAAUCAUCCAGUGUGUAUGCGCAUGUAAUUAGUGGUGAACAUCCGGCAGCGAUGCAGCAUAACGCAGCGCCCCGGUCGGUUUUAUCAUCGCAAACGAGUAUUUUAUUAUUUUAUGUGACACUUUUAGUGCACAUUGUUGUGAGUAAGCAGUUUAAAGUGUGGCACAAUCACGACAGAAGAUGAAAUUGGUCCAGCGGCUCCCGCCGGUGCCUGAGUCCCGCUCUGGACGAUGGCGGCGACAGGACGAGGAGCUGGAGGAAAUGCUGGUAACGGUGGUGGCGCCAGAGCACGCGGAUUUUGCCUCGAUGCGGCGCGCGAUGGUGCGGGUGGUGGGUGGUCCCCUUUUUCGAUGGGGCUGCGGAACGAAACGGAUGGCCACGUGAGUAAGUGAGUGUGAGCGGGAAGAGGGGAAGCUGCAGCGGAGGAAAACAAACAAACAAACGAAAAAUUACCCCCCAAUACACCCCACACACAUAAAUACUUCCUUUGUACAGAUAGGUGUGAUUGUUUGCGAGUGAUGUUUGUCUUUAAAAUCAAACAGAGAAAAAAAAACAAAAUAAAAUAGUAGUAAAUAGGUAGCAUGAGUGACAUCGAGCGAGCGGUGAAUUAUGCUAAGUAAACACAAGGAAACUCCAGAUGUAAGAAACAAUCAGAACAAGAUCUAGUUGUAAUUUAAUGCAAAUGUAUAAAACACACACACAUACACAUACAUAUACAAACGUGAUUGCAUUUCGCUGAUAGACCACAGAGAGUAAGGGCAAGGAAUCAAACAAGCAAAGCUCAUACAUGCAACAGAUUCUGGAAAGUUUUCACCACACAGUUCCGGAACCACGAAAGGGAACUUCUCCCAGCAACGAGAAACCAUUUCCGCGUUUAAUUUGUACACGAAAAUUUACUAGCAUAGAAUAAUCUUGAUAGGUAGAAUCGAGAUUGUCCAGCGUGGAGCGAUGAAGGUCUUGUGGACCUCGGAGUGAUACUCCCACUGGUUGGGCGGAGAAAAAGGACCACGAGGGGAGCUCGUUCGGUGCUCGGCGGAACGUGAAAUUGUAUUUGCAUUUCGUUGAGAAUUGUGAUUUUGCUAAGAAACGGUGCUGCAAAGAAACUAUCCUUCGGUGGCGGUGGCGAAGUAAUUGGUUUCCUCCUGGGGGCAAUUCAGGGCUGCAGUCGAUGAUCGGUGCGAUAGCUCUCAUCGGCUCUCUCGUACUUUACUCGUAGAUCUGGUCUGCUGAUAGGUGCGUGCUGUUAAGAAAUGACCUCAUUCCGUCGUUCUUGUGCUGCUGUGGGUGAUUUCCGUCGGAAAAAGUAUGGAUUUCACAUGUUUCACUGUUUCAAAAACAAACACGACAUUAGACGAAAUUCAUGCCAACUCGACUGGCCGUUGGCAGCACCAUCUCAGAUAGUAGUUAAACGUUGUGGGUAUAAAGACAUGGGUCAUUAAAGCAACUUUACAAAUUUGAAAUAUACGAAAAAAUUCGAAUAAUUUUUUACAAAAAAAUUAUAACUUAAAAACUAUAAUACCUACAAAAUUCAAAGGAUGAAAUGCAGGAAAUUGAUUAAAUUU